AGCCUUUUCCCAUGAAUGGAGCUGGCGGCCGGGGCACGUUCCCCCGCUGCAGCAGCGGCUCGCGGCGCGUAGCAGCCCCAUGGAGCUCAGCCCCUCCGCUCUUCCCUCCCCGCAGCCCGGCCGCCGCCCCGCCGCCCUGCCCCGGGAGCCGGAGCGAAGGAGCCAGCCCUGAGCGGCGGAGCAGCGAGACGUCCCCCUCCCGCCCCGGGCGGAGCGAUGGAUCGUGGAGCCGCAGCGCCGGGGAACUGUCCGCGGUCCUGAGAUGCCCGCGCCGGGUCCCUGUCUGCGGGAAGAGGCGCUGGGCUCCCCCUGCCUCCCCUGAACCGGUGCGGCAGGGUCUUCCCCCCCUGCGCUGGAGCCCGGGCCUGAGCCGUCGGCACAGGGAUGCAGGAUGCACCCUCUCUGGAGGAUGGAUCACUUUUUCAUCUACAUCAACGCAGCCCUGUUGUUUUAUUUUAGCUAUACCAGUCUGUUCCUCGUGGAGGCAGACAGCCCGUCCGCUCCAGUCAAUGUCACAGUCAAACAUCUGAAGGCCAACUCGGCUGUUGUGACCUGGGAUGUUCUGGAGGAUGAAGUUGUUAUUGGAUUUGCAAUCUCCCAGCAGAAGAAGGAUGUGCGGAUGCUGCGCUUCAUCCAAGAGGUGAACACCACCACCCGCUCAUGCGCCCUCUGGGACCUGGAGGAGGACACUGAGUACAUUGUGCAUGUCCAGUCCAUCAGCAUCCAGGGCCAGAGUCCAGCCAGUGAACCCGUCCUCUUCAAGACCCCCAGGGAAGCCGAGAAGCUGGCCUCAAAGAAUAAAGAUGAGGUGACAAUGAAGGAGAUGGGGAAGAACCAGCAGCUGCGAGCUGGGGAAAUUCUCAUCAUUGUCGUGGUGUUAUUCAUGUGGGCAGGAGUGAUCGCCCUGUUUUGCAGGCAGUAUGACAUCAUCAAAGAUAAUGAACCAAAUAACAACAAGGAGAAAGCCAAGAGUGCGUCUGAGAGCAGCACUCCUGAGCACCAGAGCGGAGGGCUCCUGCGCAGCAAGUUUCCAAAAAACAAGCCUUCAGUGAAUAUCAUCGAAGCAUGACAGCCUGGCAUCUGAUAGAUGGACUCCAUUUCUCGUUCUCCCUCUCUGCUUCUGAGCCCUGAUGACUGGGGAAGUGAAACACUGUUGGAGCAGUUUGGAGAGACCUACUGGUUGUCAAUUUCUGGCAUAAAUCUCCUUCCCUUGCUCUGCAAAAGACAACUGGAGAGAGAGAGAAAAUCCUGAAAACCACCCCACAUAAGCCACUGUCUGAGAAGGAAAAGCUUCUGUGAAACUGAUGCCUCAGGCAAUUCUGUAUUGGACUCACAACUCACCCAGGCUGUAACAAAUCCCAACAGACUCAACUUCCACCCUCUGAUCCCUCUUUCUCCUGGAGUGAUUUGCCUCUCUUUGGAGAUCACAAAAUUUCAUUGUAUUUCUAUUUUGCUUCACCGUCGCUGCGUGUUGACAGCAUCAACAUGGACUCAGGCUGCAUUUGUAUUUCUCUUCAGAGAAAUGAGGAAGAAACACUAGACAGUAGCAGAGAAAAGGAUUUUGGCUGCUGUGUACUGUAAUCUCACUCUGUAGCACUCAUGUUUGGUGUGUAAUACAUUCUGCAGGUGGGAUUUUUUUGUAUGUUUGUUUUUAACAAAGGCACAUUACAGUUUCCAUCUGGAUGGUCACUACUUUGCUGGCUGCUCUCCAGUUGAGAUCUGCAGCACUUGUCUCUAUUUUUGCCAUCUCUUCUAUUCUCCAAUGCUGUAAUCCACUUUAGAUAAGCAGGGUGGAAUUCAAAACACUGUGGGGCACAGACCAACAGAGACAAGAAGCCAACCCUUGGUUUGAUUCCAGGAGAACUUGGGCCAUUUCUUCAUGAUAUUUAGGACUGGGCCUGACUAAUUCCACCUACAGUGUAACAAAUGGUCCUUACAAAACAUAGCCAGUUAGUGCAAAAAAACAAAAACAAAAAAACAACAAAGUCAUGAUGAUAAUGGUUGCUAUGCAAGGAUACCAGGUUUCCAGUGCUGACAGCUCUCUCAUUCACUCCCAAGGGAUCCCUGCCUAAUGAUGGCCAAGGACACUCCUUAACUAGUUAUUUCUUUUACUGAGGUUCCAGUGGAUGGAUCUGGUACUCCUUCCACUUUGUGUCUCCACUAUUCAUCAUGACACUGUAUUGCCAGGUGUUUGUUAAGAGUCCCUCCACAAAUGUGGAGGGGGAAGGGAGGAGUUUACUAGUUGCUUUAUGUUUAUAAGCUGACAUGUUCCCUAUGACUGACAAUGUUUUGAGGCUGGUAGGUGAGAGGUCAUCAAAUGGAAGAAAUUUACUAUCAGAGCUUUGCCAGCACGCUUUUAUAGUAUUUGUUUAAUUACCUGACAAGGCCAUUCCAUACAUGCUGGGGGGUAACAUGGGAUCCUAAUCAUUCCAUCAAAUACUAAGAUGGGUUGGCCCAAAUAGGAUUUAAAUCCUCCCACUGCAAACAAAUUUGCAUUCAGACAAGACAAUGAUUCAAAAGCCACUGCAAAGAAACAGGCUGGCAGUCACGGAGUUCAGACAUCUUCCCCCUUUGAUAUCCAUUAGCCUCUCUCAAGUAGUCAAUCCAGGAGAAAGGCACUGGGAGGUUUGCAUGCAGCGGCAUUUUAUAAAAAAGGGCUUCCCCAGUGCCAGUUUCAGGGAGGCAGUCAGCCCCACCCACAGUUUUCUAAAUUGGAUCCUGAGCCAAAAAAGCUACUCCCCCCCACCACCACGAGGGAGAGGUCAACACCUCUGAUAGUGUUGGAGCAAUAACCACUUUUUAAUGUACAAUAAAAGAUUAAAGGCACAACUUUCCUUGUAAAUACCUGAGUUUAGCCAUGUUUCCUCUUGGUCUACACUAGGGCAGAAUGCAUGAAAUAGAAGUGGGGACCUUCUACCCAGAUUUCUGAGGGAUCAUGAAUUUGGCUGUUUUUUCCCUGUCCCUAGUUGCAGGCAGCAGUAAAGGUUCAGUAGGGGGUUAACUUUGGUUAGGCUGUGGACUAAGGUGAGAAAGAAGCUACAACAUAAGUAAGCUACAAAGUAAGCAAGCCCUGCUUAGCCAGUAGAUGUCUACAGGAAUGUCUCAGGCUUAGUAUGCAAGAAAGAAACGUCAGUCAGAAUCCACAGCCUACCUAUAAAGGAAGACUUCGAACAGAUGGUAUGGCAUGUACAAAAUGAUAAAAGAGAUGUUCUAUCCUAAUUUUGGUGCAGACAAGCAAACAAGAAGGCCCUAAACUCUAACCUAGCUGCUGCUGAGGAAAUUCAGCCUGAGUAAUUUAUCAGAGUGAUGUGUUUUUUAUACAAAAAAUGUUUCUGGAAAUGCAGAGAACAUUCCCCAUCUUUGACAGUAAUUGUUGUUGGUUCCUAGUGACAGGUUUUUAGCUAUUUCUAUUCCAACAGUGACGCGCUUGUUGUUCAUUAGAGAUGGAGAAAUUAAAAUGCGAGGCAUAGAUGCUUGUUCACAGUUAAGUAUUCAACCCAUGAUAUGGCAGCUGGCAAAAGGAGUGCAUCAUUAUGCUCCAUAACUGCAGGCUUCAAAGGUAAGGUAAUAAUGCUAUUAGCGAGAAAAACAAACGUAGGCUAGGAAGCAAAUCUACUCGUACCAGAAAGGAAUUCCAAGCUAUCAAAUGCAGCUGACUCUCUUAAUGCAGAAGGGAUUUAAUAAGAAUAUACUUUAUCUAAAGAGGUGCUACAUAAGGAAGGGAGAAAGAGAUAGAGACAUAUAGGCCCUUUUAAAAAUUUUACCCAUUUUCAAAAGCAACUUAGGUGCUUAGAAGCCCACGCAAGUCUCAUUCAAUGAAAUUUAGGCUCGUAAGCACACGUCACUGUAGAAAAUGGAACAUAGGCACCUAAGCCACUCAGGCACUUUUGAAAAUUUUACCCUUAAUCAGGAAAAAGACAUUGCAUUAAGAAACAAACCAAGUAAGCAUUUAAAAAAAAAAAAAGUGUAUGAUCUGCAAUCACCUUAAAGGAUGCUCAGAUUUUCCAGUGUGAUUUUGCUUGCAAAGUGUAGUUUUUGCUGUAUACUAAGGAGCAAGCAGGAGUGUAGUAGAGUGAAGGGAUUCCAAAGAGCCCCGCAAUAAGUGAUUUUCCACUGAACAUAAAAAACAAAAGAAAGCAAACAUCAAAAUGGCUCUGCUGAUGGUGUGCAGUCGCUGGAGACUAAUUCAACUGAUUUCCAGGAACCAACUAAGCAUAGCUGAUGUGCACAAUAAAGGAAUAAGAGAAAACUACCUGCGGGCCAGCGUAUGUCUAAAGUUAAGCACCACUUGCUUUAUUUCUUAAAAGCAGAAUAAUCCUGUGCUCAUUGGCACUAAUUUAGUCAAUAUAUUCCUCCCCCACAUAAGGGUUUAGUGAAACUGUACCACAGAGGGCGAUGUGGAGUAAACAAUUCAAUACAGGGCGUCCUUCCAAUUCACAAUCGUAACUGUCAUCAACUUCUCAAUCACUUUCCUCGUACGCUAAGAAACAGCACAAACUCUGUUUCCUCAUUUCUUUGAGAAAAAUUAGAACAUUUACGCCUUUUAAACAGACAGUUCAUUAGAGGAGAAAACACCUACAUGCCUGAAAGUAUUUGUAGAAUCUCAGCUGGUAACAACUUACUGGAAGAGGUGUGAAUGGGGAGAAACAGAUUGUUAAUUGUAGUAUUUGACCAAGAUAUUAAAGGUUAUGUCAUUCAAAAGUGUA